AACAGCCCGAGACAUAAAGACGAUCGUUUGUCCAGAGUCGCAGGGGCUGUCGUUGCUGGAACAUUCGCAACAAUGGCCGCCAAAGUGGGCGACAUCGAGUUCGAUCGACGUCAGAUGAUUGGAUGGGGACCGAACGGCACAGUCGUUCUGCGUGGCCGUUUCAACGGCGUCCAACAACCGGUGGCCGUCAAACGUUACAUCACGAAACAGCUGAAAUGGAACGCCAACGAAUUCGAACUGUACCGAAAAGAGGACCACGACAAUAUCCUACGACUCUAUCACGUCACAUCCGAUCAAUCGGGUUUCACCUACUUCGCUUUGGAACUGUGCGUCUGUAACUUGGCUGAUUACCUGGCUGGAAAGUACAGAGGGCCGGUCCUGUCCUCACGAAACAUCCUACUGCAGACGACGCAAGGCGUAGAGCAUUUGCAUUCGUUGGGAAUCGUACAUCGUGGACUGAAACCCAACAACGUCCUCUUCAAUCGUCCAGACUACGAACGUGACGACAUUCAAAUCAAAUUGUCUGACUUCGGUGUGAUGGCCAACGCGUGGGGUGACAGUUGGCCUUGUGGCGACAUGGACAACGUCGAAGGUUGGCUGGCCCCCGAACAGAUCAAAAUGCCAGUCAGUGGUGGACGUACAAUGGAAAAGACCACAGGAUCGCUAUUGCCAACGAGUUUCGAUAUCUUUGCGCUUGGCUGCCUCUUUUUCUGCGUUUUGACGAGCGGCCAGCACCCAUUCGGAUCGCCUUCAUAUUUCCGUGAUCAGAGAGCAUUGGCCGGUAACUACGAUUUGGCGCCACUAGUACAACAAAUGCCAGUCGCCGCCAUUUUGAUAGAAAGAAUGAUCCAACGAGAUCCAGAUUACCGACCCUCAGUCAAAGAUGUUUUAGCACAAUCAAAGUUUUGGUCGCUGGACAUUUAAUUACAUUUUUUUUUUUAAUUGAGACGAAAAUAAAUUGCUCCUCUCUACGCA